AUGGGACUUAAAGAUCAAAUGGCUCAUUCAGAGAAACAAGUGCUUGUGUGUGCGUGUGUUAUUAUUUUAAAACAAUUUGUACCUCCAUCUUUAGGAGAUCUAAGGAUUGUUUUGUUGGGAAUGACUGGAGCUGGAAAGAGUGCAUCAGGAAACACAAUCCUGGGAAAAGAUGAGUUUGAAGUGGAUUUUAAUCCAGAGUCAGUUACUCGACAAUCUAAGAAAAAAAUGACAAGAAAAGAUAGAAGGAGCAUCUCAAUAAUCGACACUCCAGGCCUCCAGGAUUCAAGAGGGAAGGAAAAUGAAGUGAAGGCAGAAAUAAAGAAGUGUAUGGAAAUGUCUGAUCCUGGUCCUAAUGUGUUCCUGCUGGUCAUCAGACUGGAUGACAGAUUCACAGACGAAAAGAUGAACACAGUGAAAUGGAUUCAGGAGAACUUUGGAGAAAAAACUGCUCGUCACACCAUCAUUCUGUUCACUCACGCUGAUGCACUGCGGAACAGAUCACUGCAGGACCAUAUAGAAGAGAGUCCAGAUCUACGGCAGUUAAUCAUCAGCUGUGGUGGCAGAUAUCAUGCAUUCAACAAUGAAGACAAAGAGAAUCAAGAUCAAGUCAAUGAGCUGCUGUUCAAGAUUGAUAAAAUGGUGCUUAAAAAUGAAGGGAAGUUCUACACUUAUGCAAUGUACCGUAAAUCCCAGGCAACGAUGAUGAAAAUCAUCUUGCGGGUCAUAGCAGUCAUAGCAGUGGCAAGAGUAACUUUCCUCGGAAAAGAAGUUGGAGAGGGCCAGGUAAAGCCUGUCGAGGCUAAAGUGGCUGCUAUUGCAGAUUUGGCCUCUGACGUUAGUUCACGAGAGCUCCAUGACGCCUGCGCGAGAACUAAACUGACGACGGUCUUCUUCUACUACUACUUGUUACUGGCUGCUCACUCCUUAGGAGUAUUACCGCCACCUAGUGUUCAAGAUGAAGUGCUGGCAUAG